UCAAAGGUGAUUUACGCACCACAUACAGCGUGACCAUCGAGAACACCCCCAACGAAAGCUCGCGAGGAGCUUUGCGCACUGGACAAAUCAAUAGGAUAAAGAACUUUUUGCCAGUCUUACUCAACGCGUACACAACAGGAUAACGGUGCAAACUCAAAGCGGCGAGAAUUUUCGGUUAUUUGGUUAUUUUAGAAGGAAAACCCUCUGGAAAAGAGGCUUACAAAAGGAAAAACCCCUCCAAGGCGUACUUUGAAGCAGCAGCGAAAUGCGUGGACUCGUCGAGGAUACGAAAAGGACCAAGUUGUCGUCGGCGAACAACAACAACCUGAGCAGCACCAGCGGCAGCAGUCGCAUCAAGUCAAGCAGCCUGGCAACAGGAUCAAGUGCCAGCGGCAGCAGCUCGAAGCCCUUGAGGAGUUCGGCGAAAACGCCAACCACGGGCAGCGCGACGUCAGUGGCGGCAGGAACAAUGGCGGCCAAGAAGGCGCCUCAAACGGGGCAACAACAAGUAGGCAAGUCCGCAAAGUCAUCGACGUCAGCAACUCCAAUUGGCACAACAGCAGCAGCAACUGUUGGAACGGCAACAACAAGGGCGCAAGCAGCAGCGGCGAAGAGCCAAAAGGGUCAGAAUCCACCCCCACAGCAAGUGCAGCCGAAACAGCAGCCGCCACAACCACAACAGACACAGCAGCAACCCCUGGUGUUGCAGCAACAACAGGCGAGCAACAGCAGCAACACGAUUGCUUUGCCAAAGGCCUCGCAUGCCAACACCAGCGAGGAGCUGGCCGGCGGUGUCCAGGACACCAUUUACCUGUGCAAUUUCCGGGUAUCCGUCGAUGGCGAGUGGUUGUGCCUCAAGGAGCUGCAGGACAUUGAUGUGGCCGGCGGAACGGCCAACCGGGCAGCUCAGACCAGUGAGAAACUGGCAGGCGGCAGUAGCUCCCAAACGGGCUUCGGGUCCAACUACAAUGUGGGCUCCAGCUCCAGCAAGCGCAACAGCAAGCGCUUCUCCGGACUGUCCACCGGCAGUGGAAGUGGCGGCAACGCCGGUGGAGGAGGCGCCUUGGACAUCACCGACAAUGGUAUUAUGGCAAUUGAAAACCUUAUCGGCCGCCGGCUGUGCGACAUGGUCCACAGUGGCUCCGCGGCACUCGGCCAGUCCCAGUCGCACUCCCAGUCGCAGCACCAGAGUGUUGGCCUCUUCGCCGAGUGGUCGCAUCUCUCCCGGGACACGGCGGAAAUCGAGCGCAGCAAUCUGGUGAACAUCUGCAAGCUGGUGGUCAAGGAGCUGUUGGAGCAGUCGCUGCGAUAUGGUCGCAUGCUGGACUCGGAUCACCUGCCGCUGCAGCAUUUCUUCAUCGUCAUCGAGCACGUCCUGGGGCACGGAUUGCGGCCCAAGAAGGGUCUGCUGGGACCGAGGAAGGAACUCUGGGACCUGCUGCAGAGCGUCGAGCACUACUGUCCGGAGGCGCAGGAUAUUACGGCGAGUGUAAGGGAUCUGCCCACCGUCCGUACCCACAUUGGCCGCGCUCGUGCCUGGCUGAGGAUCGCUUUGAUGCAAAAGAAGCUAUCGGAUUACCUGCAGGCGCUCAUCGAGCACCGGGAGGAUUCACUCUUCGACUACUAUGAGCCACAUGCUCUGAUGAUGAGCGAUGAGAUCGUUGUGAUAAUGGGCAUUUUGGUGGGCUUAAACGUGAUCGAUUGCAAUCUGUGCGUGAAGGAGGAGGAUCUGGACUCACAGCAGGGCGUCAUCGACUUCUCGUUGUACCUGCGUUCCAGUUCGAGAAACGCCGAUGCCGCUCCAGAAGACAGUGCUCCGCCUGCUCUGCUGGAUGCCACUGGGCAGGGCAACAUGAUUGCGGUGCUGGAUCAGAAGAACUACAUUGAGGAGCUCAACAGGCAUCUAAACGCCACUGUCGGCAAUCUGCAGGCCAAAGUGGAGUCCCUAACGACCACAAAUGCUCUGAUGAAAGAGGAUUUGGCAAUCGCUCGGAACAGCCUGUUGGCCCUGCAGGCCGAGAACCAGGCCAUGCGGCAGUCCACGCCGGCAGCGGACAACCAUUCAACUGGUUCGGGUGGUUCCUCCGACAAGGACAAGGAGAAGGCGUCCGAGGAGCUGGCUGAGGAGCGUCGCAAGAACAGCGAGCUUGAGAAGGAACUAAAAUUGCAGGUGUCCCUCAAGGCGGAAUCGGACAUGGCCAUGAAAUUGCUGGAGAAGGACAUUCACGAGAAGCAGGACACGAUAGUCUCACUGCGCCGCCAACUGGACGACAUCAAGCAGAUCAACCUGGAGAUGUACCGAAAACUGCAGGAAUGUGAAGAUGAACUCACACAGAAGGGCGAGAUGGUCUCGCGCCUGCAAACGAAAGCCUCACAAAUUGGUAACAUUUUACAAUCGCUAGAAAAGAAAUACGAAUCGAAGCUCAUCGACCAGCAACACCAUGGACCGGGAUCGGGAUCGGGAUCUGGAGCUGGGAACGGAGCCAUUGGCGGAGACCGAUCGCCGAACACGCGGCGACAGCAGAAUCUGGAAAAAUUCGAGGCGCUCACCAAGAAGCACAAACAGGACACUGGCCCGCCCAUGAAGCGUAUGCACCUCAAGAUGGACGCCUUUCCGCCCUUCGAUCCCAGCAAGUAUCGGAAGUCACCGCGCCAGCCGGAUGCGCCCCAUCCGGAGGAGCAGCAGGAGAGCAAGGAUGCCAAGACGCCCACGUCCGCCAAGUCCCUGAACGAUGAGCUAGCCGAGGCGGCGGCUGCGGUGACCCAGCACUUUGGCGUGGAUGCAUCCCAAAGCGAUUAUGUCCUGUGCCGGGAGCAGGCCGCCGAUGGAGAAACUUAAGCUCUAAGCAGCUAAAUAAGAAUACUUAGGAUACUUAAUUUAUAAGGCCAGUUUCGGUUUUCACAAAAUGAGUUCUACAUAAAUGUAUUAACUUGUUUGUUUUUUUCUGAAAUGAAACCUAAUCUAAAACUAGUUUAAUAUAUUUACUCAAUGUAUUUAGUGCCUGACUGCAUUUAAACCUAAGCAUAAAUUCAUUUGUUCAACUAUUAUUUGGCUUCCUCAGGAGCCCCUUUAUGAAAUAAUGACCUAUGUAAUGUCUGAUCCAAAGAUCAGUCCACUAAAGUUGGCAUGUGAAAAUCGGAACGGCCUGUAUUGCUCUCAACAUUCCAAGCACCUGGAUGGCCACUCAAAGUCCGGCUCCAGGUGCCGAAGGGAACUCGAAACUGCUUAACAAGACUCUCAUUUCGGGAGACCACAACUAAAUGAACACCAUAGACAGUGUGUACCAUAUAGGAUGCCUUUACUCCGUAGACCAGAUCCCUUUAGAGGAAAGUAUACCAGAUACCAGAAUUGUUAAAGGUUUUGAAUAACUAAUGUGUAUGCAACCUGUUAGCUAAAUUAUCCACCCAGAGGCCCCGUAAACAAAGAUUAUAUAUGUACGAUUAUAUUGUAACCAUACGUCGUUGUAUAUAUGUAUAGUGUGAUUAAGAGGCUUCAGAUGUUUAUUAUACAUAUGUAUGUACGUAUGGAUACCCACGCAGUCGCUUAUAUUGUAAUUAUACACUCAGUCUAGUCAAAUACAAAUAAUAUUAUUGUAAUUAUAUACUAUGAAUAAAUAUCGAGACUAUAUGAAUCUACAAAUCCAUGCAAUGUACUAUACGCGUUGGAACUUCUGCAUAUAUUCUAAUCCACGUACUCCUCCAAAUCGAUCCCAGACAAAUAAAACUUAUCCGAACCACAAGUCUUUCAUUUUCCAUUAUACUAACAUCGAGAUUAGAGUAAGCGACGACGGAGUCAUGACAACGUUGGUACAUCCG